ACUUCACUCCCGGGUCCUCGUGAGAAAAAGGUCAGUUUGGAGGAACUCAACCCGAAGGAGGCACCAUGGCAGGCAGCAUCGCGGGACUCGAGAAGUUUGACAGUCCCGGUAAAGGGCGAGGUCUCCGCGUUACUAAACCCUUUAAAAUUGGAGAGCUGUUGUUUUCCACCCCGGCGUACUCUGUUGUGCUGUCAGUAAAGGAGAGAGGCUGCUACUGUGAGUUCUGCUUCAACAGGAAAGAAGGCUUGGCAAGAUGUGGGAAGUGCAAGAAAGCCUUCUACUGCAAUGCGAAAUGCCAGAAAGGGGACUGGGCCAUGCACAAGCUGGAAUGCUCUGCCAUGACAGCAUUCGGAGAGAACUGGUGCCCGUCAGAAAUAUCACGCCUGGUGGCACGGAUCCUCGCCAAGAAGAAAAUGCAGAAAGAAAGAUGUGUUUCGGAGAAGAUUUUGCUCAUAGAAGAGCUACAAUCACACGUGGAGGACGUGGAUAACGAGAAAAAAGAGAUGCACGAGGGUGAUGUUGCGGGACUGCAUCGUUUUUUUACCAAACAUUUGGAGUUGCCUGACCAUAAAGACCUUCUCACACUCUUCUCCCAAGUUUCCUGUAAUGGUUUCACCAUAGAGGAUGAUGAACUGUCCCACAUGGGUACUGCAGUCUACCCAGAUGUGGCUCUGAUAAACCACAGCUGUCUUCCCAGCGUCAUAGUAACAUACAACGGGACGUCGGCUGAGGUUCGAGCGGUGAAGAACAUGAAGCCGGGAGAUGAAGUGCUCAUCAGCUACAUCGACCUCCUCUAUCCAACAGACGACCGCAACAACAGGCUGAGAGAGUUUUAUUACUUCACCUGUGAAUGCCAGGAAUGUAAAACCAAGUCCAAGGACAAGGCAAAGUUGAAAGUACGUAAGCGGAAUGACGCCAUAGAGCCAGAGGCCAUCAGCAACAUGGUGCGCUACGCCAGGAAAACCAUCAGAGAGUUCCGGGCCUUCAAACACAUAAAGACCCCUAGUGAGUUGCUGGAGAUGUGUGAGCAGAGCCUGGACGAGAUGGGAGCCGUAUUUGAUGACGCCAAUGUCUACAUGCUCCACAUGAUGUACCAGGCCAUGGGGGUUUGUCUCUACAUGGAAGAUCCAGACGGCGCUAUUAGAUACGGCGAGAAGAUCCUCAAACCUUACAGCAAGCUGUAUCCACCCUACUCUUUGAAUGUGUCCUCCAUGUACCUGAAGUUGGGCAGACUCUACAUGGGUCUAGAGAGGUUCUCAGUGGGAGUCAGCUCUCUCAAGAAGGCAAUGGCCAUAAUGGAGGUGGCUCACGGGAAGGAUCACUUGUACUUGACAGAGUUGAGCAAAGAGAUGGCACGAAAAUGACCAGAAAGGAAAUAAAUGAUUCAUAAAUAAAUGAAUAAAUCCCUACGUGUCAGCUGUGACACUCCUUUGAUUAGGAGCUUCACAGAACUGAAAGCACUUCCUAAUUGUUUUGGUACUGAAGCAAAGAUAGUUCAUGUUUUUAUGCAAAGUUUUAUGCAAUAAAAAUAUUUUCAGAUUUUUGCAUAUUGA